UUCUAUCCAACUGAACUGGCUAAGGUUUUGCCAUAGCCUCCUUCAUUCCUCUUCAAUGGCUAUUCUCGCUUUCCCUCUCAUAACUUCUCUCAUAAAACCCUAUAAACCUCAUCUUUCCUUCUUCUUCACCAGAAAUCCAGGUAAUUCUCUCCUUUUCAGGAAACGUUACUUCGCUCGUUCAUCUUUCUCCGCCAUUUCUACACUCGCGAAUCCUCAACAAUCGUCAACAAAUGACGCUAGCUCUGAGAUCUCCACCAAAAGAACUCCUACAUUUCAACAAGCCAUUCAACGUCUUCAGGAGUAUUGGGCAUCUGUUGGUUGUGCUGUAAUGCAAUGCAGCAACACAGAGGUUGGAGCUGGGACAAUGAACCCUUUGACAUUCUUAAGAGUUCUUGGGCCAGAACCAUGGAAUGUGGCGUAUGUUGAGCCAAGUAUCCGACCAGAUGAUAGUCGUUACGGAGAAAACCCAAAUAGGCUUCAGCGCCAUACACAGUUUCAGGUAAUUUUGAAGCCCGACCCUGGGAAUUCUCAAGACUUAUUUAUUGGGAGCCUAUCAGCCUUAGGCAUUAAUGUGAAUGAGCAUGAUAUACGUUUUGUGGAGGACAACUGGGAAAGCCCGGUACUUGGUGCCUGGGGAUUAGGAUGGGAGAUAUGGAUGGAUGGGAUGGAGAUUACACAAUUCACCUACUUCCAGCAGGCAGGAAGUCUUCAGUUGAUGCCUGUUUCUGUUGAGAUAACAUAUGGCCUCGAACGUAUUCUAAUGUUACUUCAGGGAGUUGAUCAUUUCAAGAAAAUUCGCUACUCUGAUGGAAUUACAUAUGGAGAACUGUUCGCAGAGAAUGAGAAGCAAAUGAGCGCGUACAAUCUGGAGUAUGCUAGCGUUGAUCAUAUUCAGAAACAUUUUGAUCUAUUUGAACAAGAAGCUCAUUCAUUACUUGAGUUGGAACUCGCAAUUCCAGCAUAUGAUCAACUCUUAAAAACAUCUCAUGCUUUUAACAUCCUGGAUGCUAGAGGAUUUGUUGGUGUAACAGAACGUGCUCGAUACUUUGGUCGGAUGCGUAGCUUAGCUCGUCAAUGUGCACAACUUUGGCUAAAAACAAGGGAGUCACUGGGACAUCCGUUGGGAGUCAUUUCUGAGCCUGACCAACUUGUUUCCCCGAAAGAAGUUUUGGAAGAAGCAACUAAAAAGGUUGCUAGAGAUCCAAGAAAGUUUGUGUUAGAAAUAGGGACUGAAGAAUUACCCCCCGCGGAUGUUAUAGAUGCAAGCCAACAACUAAAAGAGUUUGUUGUGCAAUUGCUGGAGAAUAAAAGGUUGAAGCAUGGAGAAGUCUUGGCAUUCGGCACACCACGUCGCAUAGUGAUCUCUGUUGAUAGUCUGUGCUCUAGACAAGAAGAUAAUGAGAUUGAAGCUCGAGGACCUCCAGUCUCAAAGGCAUUUGAUCCUGAAGGGAAUCCCACAAAGGCUGCUGAGGGCUUUUGCCGCCGACAGAGUGUACCUUUGGACUCCUUGUACAAGCGGGUGGAAGGGAAGACAGAAUAUGUUUAUGUUCGUGUAGUGGAGCCUUCCCGACUUGCUUUGGAGGUUUUGUCUGAAGAAUUGCCCGCUAUUAUUGGGAGAAUAUCAUUUCCUAAAUCCAUGCGCUGGUGUUCCCAGGUCAUGUUUAGUAGACCUAUUCGAUGGAUUUUGGCUGUUCAUGGAGAUGUAGUAGUGCCCUUCGCAUUUGCGGGUAUUCUAAGUGGGAACUUGUCUUGUGGUCUACGGAACACUCCAUCGGCUUCUUUAACGGUUGAAAGAGCAGAAGAAUAUGCAGAUGCAAUGCGGAAUUCUGGAAUAUGUGUUGAUGUUGAACAAAGGAAGAAGUCUAUUCUAGAUCGCUCCAAUGCUUUAGCAAAAUGUGUUAGUGGUUGUACUGUUUUCCCAAAUGGCCUACUUGAUGAGGUUGCAAAUCUUGUUGAGGCACCUGUUCCAGUGCUGGGAAAAUUCAACGAAUCUUUCUUGGAACUUCCGAAAGAUCUGUUAGUAAUGGUUAUGCAGAAGCAUCAGAAGUAUUUUCCUAUUACCAAUGAAAGUGGAACACUUUUGCCAUAUUUUAUUGCUGUUGCCAAUGGGGCAAUUAGUGAAUCAGUGGUACGUCAUGGAAAUGAAGCUGUCCUCAGAGCUCGUUAUGAAGAUGCUAAGUUCUUCUAUGAGAUGGAUACACACAAAAGGUUUUCAGAGUUCAGAAGUCAACUGAAAGGGAUUCUUUUCCAUGAAAAAUUGGGGACAAUGUUGGACAAGAUGACACGUCUUCAAAAGACGGUUGGUAAAGUGAGCUUGGGUUUGGGCAUCAGUGAAGAUAAACUCCAGAUCAUUGAAGAGGCUGCAUCAUUGGCUAUGUCGGAUCUUGCUACUGCUGUUGUUACAGAGUUCACUUCCCUCUCAGGGAUAAUGGCACAACACUAUGCUCUAAGGGAUGGCUACUCAAAUGAGGUUUCCGAAGCACUGUUUGAGAUCACACUUCCAAGAUUUUCUGGUGAUAUAGUUCCAAAGACUGAUGCUGGUAUCGUAUUAGCAAUUGCCGACAGGUUAGAUAGCCUUGUUGGUUUGUUUGUUGCUGGCUGCCAACCAACAUCCAGUAACGACCCUUUUGGACUUCGGAGAAUUUCUUAUGGUCUUGUGCAAAUCUUGGUGGAGAACAACAGAAAUUUAGAUCUCAGACAUGCCUUGGAGCUUGCUGCUGCAGUUCAACCUAUAAAUGUGGAUGCUGGAACAAUAGAUAAUGUAUAUCAGUUUGUGACCCGGAGGCUAGAGCAAUAUCUGGUUGACAAGGACAUAAACCCUGAAGUUGUCCGGUCUGUUCUUUCAGAGCGUGCAAACUGGCCAUAUCUGGCAGCGAAAUCCGUGUACAAAAUGGAUAUGUUAUCAAAAGGAGAGCUUCUCCCUAAGAUAGUUGAAGCUUAUUCGCGUCCCACAAGAAUAGUAAGGGGAAAAGAUGUGAAUCUAAAUUUGCAGGUAAAUGAGGACAACUUUGAAACAGAUGAAGAGCGAGAAUUGUGGAGAACUUACUGCUCAUUAAGAAACAAAAUCCAUCCAGAUAUGGAGGUAGAUGAGUUCUUUGAACUCUCCACUCAGUUGUUGGAACCACUGGAAAAUUUCUUCAACCGUGUUUUUGUAAUGGUGGAAGAUGAGAAGAUAAGGAAUAACAGGCUUGCAUUACUCAACACAAUUGCUGAACUUCCCAGAGGUAUAUCAGAUCUUUCAGUUUUGCCUGGAUUUUGAACACCCACUUUCAAUUUUCAGUUUUUAUCAGUCAAAAACUAUAUUAUUUAUUCCUAUUUUUCUUAAUAAAAGUAAACAUUAUAUUUUUUUAUUUUAAUAAACGGGUUUGUUGUUGUGCAAAAUUGAUGAAUUUAUAUAAUAAUAGUGUAAUCAGAUUAUAUAU